GACAACGUUUUCAGUAUCAUAAUUUACUGUGUCCAUAACUAAGCGUCAAUUAAAGAGCAAACCCACUGAAUUUGCCUAAAACAAUUGCAUACAUUUUGUAUGUGCAAAUGUAUGGCUUAUAUUUAUGAGCUAUUUGCUUGAAUAAUUAUAUUACACAAAAUGUCGGACUCGGAAGUUAGCAAUAUGUCGGAUAGUGGCUCCGACGAUGGAUCAAUAUCGAACAAGUCGCAACAAAGUGUUAGAUCCAAAUCUGGCUUUCGCUCAAGGUCAAGGUCGAUGUCCAGAUCGAGGUCCAGGUCCAGGUCGAGAUCUUCUCGCUCCCGAUCUCAAUCAGCCCAUUCUGGCUCAGGAUCCGAUUCUCCGCAACCUCAAGGAGGACGUGGACACCGUCGCAAAACCGAAGAUUCUGAAGAUGAAGACGCACAAGGAGAGGAUAUAGAUUCCGAAGAGUACGAAGAGGAAGAAAACGAAGACCAUCCACGGAAAAAAAAGAAAAAGGAGCGCUUUGGUGGCUUCAUCAUUGACGAAGCUGAAGUGGAUGACGAGGUUGAUGAAGACGACGAGUGGGAGGAGGGUGCCAACGAAAUUGGUAUCGUUGGCAAUGAAAUAGAUGAGCUGGGCCCCACCGCCAGAGAUAUUGAAAUACGACGCAGAGGAACCAAUUUAUGGGACACUCAAAAAGAAGACGAAAUUGAGGAGUAUCUAAGAAAGAAAUAUGCUGACGAAUCGAUGGUAAGACGACACUUUGGCGACGGCGGCGAGGAAAUGUCCGAUGAAAUCACACAACAAACUCUUUUGCCGGGGAUUAAAGAUCCCAAUUUGUGGAUGGUGAAAUGUCGCAUAGGAGAAGAGAAGGCGACAGCAUUGCUCUUGAUGAGGAAGUUCCUAACUUAUCUCAAUACAGAUGAUCCAUUACAAAUUAAAUCUAUUAUCGCACCAGAAGGUGUGAAGGGAUAUAUUUAUUUGGAAGCUUACAAACAAACUCAUGUGAAGACAGCUAUCGACAAUGUGGGAAAUCUUCGAAUGGGCAAAUGGAAACAAGAAAUGGUUCCUAUUAAGGAAAUGACUGAUGUGCUUAAAGUAGUUAAAGAGCAAGUCGGCCUUAAGGUAAAACAGUGGGUGCGCUUAAAGCGUGGCUUGUACAAGGAUGACAUUGCGCAAGUAGAUUAUGUAGAUCUGGCACAGAACCAGGUGCAUCUUAAGCUUCUUCCUCGUAUCGAUUACACUCGCAUGCGCGGUGCAUUACGUACCACGGCGACGGAAAGUGAUGAUGGGAAGCGUAAAAAGAAACGCAGGCCCCCGGCAAAACCAUUUGAUCCAGAAGCUGUUAGGGCCAUUGGAGGGGAAGUUCACUCAGAUGGAGAUUUUUUGCUCUUCGAAGGAAAUCGCUAUUCGCGAAAGGGAUUUCUUUAUAAAAAUUUUACCAUGUCAGCAAUUUUGUCCGAGGGCGUAAAGCCCACUCUGGCCGAACUUGAGCGAUUUGAAGAAGCACCGGAGGAAGUUAACCUGGAAAUUAUGGCUAGCGUUAAAGAUGAUCCCACGGCUGCUCAUUCAUUUUCAAUGGGCGAUAAUGUCGAAGUUUGUGUCGGUGAUCUGGAAAACUUGCAAGCAAAGAUUGUUGCUAUUGAUGGCACAAUGAUUACGGUUAUGCCCAAACAUCAGGACUUAAAGGAUCCUCUUAUAUUCAAAGCAAGCGAGUUACGCAAAUACUUUAAGACGGGUGAUCAUGCGCGAGUGUUGGCGGGCCGCUACGAAGGUGAAACAGGUCUAAUAAUUCGCGUAGAGCCAUCGCGGGUUGUGCUUGUCUCAGAUUUGACCAAUCAUGAACUUGAGGUUUUGCCCCGAGACUUGCAACUGUGCUCUGAUGUAGCUACCGGUGUUGACUGUCUUGGUCAAUUCCAAUGGGGAGAUCUGGUCCAGCUUGAUUCACAAAAUGUUGGUGUAAUUGUGCGCUUGGAACGUGAGAACUUCCACGUCCUGGGCAUGAAUGGAAAAUGUAUUGAGUGCAAGCCAACAGCCUUGCAUAAACGGCGUGAAAAUCAAAAUACUGUUGCUCUGGAUGCAGAUCAAAAUCAGAUUCGCCGCCGCGACAUAGUGAAAGUUAUGGAGGGUCCACAUGCCGGACGCUCUGGAGAAAUAAAGCACUUGUAUCGUAGCUUAGCAUUUCUCCACUGUCGUAUGUACACGGAGAAUGGCGGUAUUUUCGUAUGCAAGACGCGUCACUUACAACUCGCUGGUGGAAGUAAAACGAAUGUAAGCAAUGCCAAUACGCUUGGAGGAUUGGGAUUUAUGUCACCUCGAAUCCAAUCGCCAAUGCAUCCGUCUGGUGGUCGUGGUGCGCGUGGAGGAUCGCGCGGUGGUCGCGGAGGCUUCCGUGUGACGCGUGACCGUGAACUUUUAGGAAAAACUAUCAAAAUUUGUGGUGGACCCUACAAAGGUGCCGUUGGCAUCGUAAAAGAUGCAACUGAGAGCACAGCUCGUGUGGAAUUGCAUACAUCAUGCCAAACGAUUUCCGUGGAUCGUAACCAUAUUGUUAUUGUCGGCGAGCCUGGUAAAGAAGGCAGUGUUUCCACUUAUGGUCGCACACCAGCACGUACACCUGGUUACGGAGCGCAGACUCCCAGCUACACCGCUGCGGGAUCCAAAACCCCAUUGGUUGGUAGUCAGACACCAAAUUGGGACACCGAUACUAGGACACCUUAUGGUACAAUGACGCCGUCUCACGAUGGCAGUAUGACGCCACGUCAUGGCGCAUGGGAUCCUACUGCAAAUACGACCCCGGCUCGUAAUACAGAUUUUGAUUAUUCGCUUGAGGAACCAAGCCCCAGCCCAGGAUAUAAUCCAAGCACUCCUGGGUACCAAAUGUCGUCACAAUUUGCUCCACAAACUCCGGGUACUCUUUAUGGCUCCGAUAGAAGCUACAGUCCAUUUAAUCCGAGUCCUAGCCCUGCACCUUCGCCAUAUCCAGUUGGUUAUAUGAAUACACCAUCGCCAUCAACUUAUUCACCGAACACUCCCGGUGGUGUACCACAAUCACCAUACAAUCCGCAAACGCCUGGAGCUAGCCUCGACUCUUCAAUGGGCGAUUGGUGUACUACUGACAUUGAAGUUCGGAUUCAUACGCAUGACGAUACUGAUCUCGUUGGCCAGACUGGUAUUAUUCGUACAGUCUCAAAUGGUGUCUGUUCUGUAUUUCUGCGUCAGGAAGAUCGUAGCGUGUCCAUUGUUAGUGAGCACCUGGCUCCUGUUCCACCCAAUAGUGGAGAUGAAUUCAAAGUUAUAUAUGGAGAAGAAAGAGAGUCUGUUGGCAAAGUUUUGUCCAAACAGGAGGGUGAUGUUCUCGUUUGUAAGAUAAAUGACGAAGUAAAAAUGAUACCUGUAAAUCAUUUAUGUAAGAUGAAGUCCAUUGAUUAGAUUGCAUGAACCCAUAUUGUCUUGCGAAAAAAGGCAGCCACGUUCUUUUGUAUAAUGUCUCAAAAGAUAUAUAAUAAAAUAAUUCAAAUGCCAAUCUCUUAAAAAUAA